AUGGUGGGGACGCUCAGAAGUACUGGCUGUGAGACCUGUCGGAAACGCAAGAAGAAGUGCGAUAAAGAGCUACCUUCAUGCUCAGCAUGCAUUAAAGCGGGUUGGAAAUGCCCCGGGUAUUCCAGGAGAUGGAAAUUUGUCGAUGAGAAUGGACCGCUCGCCUUGCAUUACCGCCACAAGAAGUACAUCUUCAAAGAUGUCGACCCUUCCGAAUUAGCAGGCGACGAAGGCACUGCGUUUCAAGGUGUUCUCAUCAACGGAAAGAGCAUCGCUCUCAAGGCAAUAUCACAGACCACCAUUGAGUGGUCUCUAGCCUCACCACAUGACCAACUGCGUUCCACUCUGUGCUACAUUCUGGAUGAGCCGCAGAACCGGCAUGCUUUUCCCAUAAAAUCUCAUGGGCGGUUUUAUGCCAUGAUUCCUGCCCGGCUGGGUCGCAAUACUGCACUGGACGACGCGGCCUCGUGUCUGUGUGGCAUCUACGUCGACUCUUUAAGAUCAACCCAACCACCCUCGGAAGAGUGCCUUCGACUGUACGCCAGAAGUCUGCGCUCUCUCCGAAAGUCCUUGGACAUACAGCACACUCGCGCACAGGCUGAAACGAUAUGUGCGUCUAUCAUCAUGCAGGGAUGCGAGCUGGUACUAGACGAUGAUGGAGGGCGGUGGCGUCAACUUUGCAUGGGAACGAAACUUCUCAUGCAAGAAUACGGUCCUGAGAGGUUUACGGAGCCCUUCGAGAGGGCCAUGCUCGAGGCGCAGCGAGCCUGGUUUAUUCUUCAAGACGCAAGCAUCGGACAAGAAUGCUUCUUAUCACGGCAAGAGUGGCGCCAAUUGCUGAAGAGCUCCACCGCUCCCAUCGCGACUGUGGAGCAUGCUGGUAUCUCGCUUCGAUCCGAGCUUAACGAGUUCCUUGUCGACGUGCCGGGCCUUGCUCGAGAAGCCUCGAGCAUAGCAGAUGAGCUCUUGAACGGGAAACCGGACUCAGCUGGACUUCUAGAGCGGCGUCAGAAAGCUAUCAUCCAAAUAUCAUCCCUAAAGAGGGCCUUCGAAUUGUGGUAUUGCACCAAAGUUGCACCUCAGCGCCCCAUUCCAGGAGUUCCACUACCAAACAAGGUUGAAAUUCCCAGGAACAGCUCUCCACAGGAUGAGCUUCUUUUUGCUAUCGUUGAUUGCGUGUCUAACUGCGUCAUGAUCAAGUUAGACAGUUUGUGGGCAAGCAUCGAUUCGAACCGGCAUGUCCUCAAAGUUGACAUUCUUGACUUUCAAAAGGCACAGUCGAAACGAAAAUUGAUCAUGCAUCAAUCUUUUCAGUUUGUCCGAGCAAGCUCUCAUAUCGCAGCCAAACCUCUUGAAUUUGGAUUGCAACAAUUGUUGCUUGAUGCUGGGUUCGAGCAGAGGAAGAAGGCACAUGGUGACGGAGCUAAGGAAGAUUUUUGA